ACAUAGUUACGAAGAGGAUUUUUGGCAGGGGGUAUGAAAUGGAUGGGUUGUACAUCUUUGGGACGUCUCCAACACUUGCGCAUGUUUCCGUAUUACCGGACCAUGAAAGUUAUUCUUUUACAACCCAGACACUUGAUUUAUGGCAUGCUCGUUUAGGACAUGCUAAUUUUCAGCAUUUUUUAUCUUUAUUUCCUGCAUUACAAAUAGCUUGUAAAACCCAUCAGUUUCGGUGUGUUGUGUGUGAGCUCUCUAAACACACACGCACCUCUUAUAUUUCACGAAUGCAUCGUAGUCUUUGUUUAUUUGAUCUUAUUCAUUUGGAUGUCUGGGACCUUCUCCUGUUACUUCUUACUCUGGUCAUAAAUAUUAUGUGACUUUUAUUGAUGACUACUCUCGUUGUACUUGGGUUUAUUUACUUAAAUUACGCUCUGAGUUAUCAUCUACUUUUAUUUCUUUCUUGCAAAUGAUUUAAACCCAAUUUAAUACUAUAGUUAAAACCCUUCGGUCAGAUAAUGGAGGAGAAUAUAUCUCUGAUGGCUUUCGGUCUCACCUUAAUGAACUGGGAAUUCUUCAUCAGUUGACUUGCCCUUAUACACCGGAACAAAAUGGGGUGGCAGAACGUAAAAACCGUCGUCUAAUGAGUGUUGUCCGGUGCCUCUUAUGUGGUAUGCAGAUUCCUCAGUCAUAUGGCAAUUCUCACUGCAGUUUUUUUGAUAAGCCGCACUCCUAGUCGUACUUUAGGGGGUAAGGUUCCAUUGCAUAUUUUGCGACCAGACAGCACCAUUUUCCUAUCACUCCUUGUGUUUUCGGAUGUACCUAUUUUGUUCAGGACCGACGUCCUACGCGUACGAAGCUUGAUGAAAAAGCUAUUCAUUGCAUUUUUCUAGGUUAUUCGACUAUGUCGAAAAGGUAUCGCUGCUAUGACCCUAGCACUCGUCGAAUUUUUCACUCUCUUGAUGUCACUUUUUUCGAAGACGUUCCCUUUUUUGGCACAUCCUUUUUGCAGGUUCCAUCUUCUUCUACAUCUUUGAUCAAUUCUCCAGUGUCUUCCUCACCUGGGGCUAGACCUGCACUAAUUUUUAACUGUAUCUCUGCCUAUGGCUCAUCCAGAAAUUCGUGCAUACACUCGUCGCCCACGGGACCCUCCUCCCACCUCCCUGCCGCCGUUCUCUUCUGGUACAGGUACACGGACAUGUGUGCUAAACACCCUAUUUCCCAGUUUGUUUCUUAUAAGGGACUUUUGCAUGCCUACGGGACCUACCUUGCUGCCACUUCUACUAUUUUCAUCCCUCGCACUGAAUGUGAGGCUUUGCGAGACCCACAUUGGAAAGCGGCUAUGGUUACUGAGAUGGAUGCCUUGUAGAAAAAUCAUACUUGGGAGUUUGUUAUUUUACCACCAGGAGAGCGAACUGUGGGCUGUAAAUGGGUAUUUACAGUCAAAUAUCAGACAGAUGGUACUAUUGAUCGUUACAAAGCUAGGCUUGUCGCUAAGGGCUUUACACAGACUCCGGGAAAGGACUUCACUUCUACUUUUUCUCUAGUGGCCAAGCUAACUACUGUCCGCUUCUCAUUUCCUUAGCGGCUUGCUACUCUUGGCCUCUUCGCCAAUUAGAUGUUAAGAACGCCUUUCUUCAUGGGGAUCUAACAGAAACAAUUUAUAUGGAUCCGCCUCCUGGUUUUCGACUUUAGUGGGAGUAUUCUGGGAAGGUGUGUCACCUUUUAAAAUCUCUAUAUAGCCUGAAGCAGUCUCCUCGAGCAUGGUUUCACCAAUUCAGCGAUGUAGUUAUUUCUAUGGGGUUCAAUCAGUGCCACUCAUCUCGUGCUACUUUGAUGUUGAUUAUGCUGGAUCUUUGACUGACCGUCGCUCCACUUCAGGUUUUUGUACUUUUCACGGGGGUAAUCUAAUUUCUUUGAAAAGUAAGAAACAAAGUGUUGUGUCUCGUUCUUCUGCAGAGGCAGAAUACGGUGCCAUGGCUCAAGGCACUUGUGAGAUCAUUUGGCUUCGUUCUCUAUUGACUGAGUUGGGAUUUCCUACUACUUGUUCAUCGACACUUUUCUGUGAUAACCAAUCUGCUAUCAUGCUCGCGUCUGACUCCGUUCUUCAUGAGAGGACCAAGCAUAUUGAGGUUGAUAUUCAUUUUAUCAGAGAGAAAGUGUGCUGAGGAGUUAUCUAUACUUCCUUCGUUUCCUCUUCUAAUCAGCUUGCCGACAUGUUCACGAAGUCAGUGGGACUGUCUGCUCUCCGCCGUUAGUAUUGGCAAGCUGGGCUUAGUUGAUAUCUUUGCUCUAGUUUUUGGGGGAGUAUUGGGAGUUAAUUCAGGAUUUGAUACUAUGGUCAUCGUCUACAUCCUACAUUAGAGGCUUAGGAUAUGUGAUAUGACAUACUUUAUUAGAGGUAGGAUAUGUGAUUUGAUUACGUUUCCAUUUAUGUAAUACUCACCAUGUAAUAUAUAUAGGAGUAUGACUAAUAACAUCAGCAGCUGAUUACAGCCUUUCACAUUCAA